CUCUCGAGCUUUUCUAAUUAUUUUCUCCUCUGCUCUUCCUAAUCUAGAGUGACAUUACCUUCAUUCUAUAGCUUGACGCUGCAAAAAAGUCAAUUUAGGCACAAAUCAAGUCCCCAAUUGAACUGAAUUUGCACUUUUCUGUACGAAAGUACAAUCCGAAAUUUGCUUUCAAGAGCACCUACACAUCCCCAUAUACCCAACCAUGUCUCGCAAACACUUUUUCAACAACACCGAGGGUGUUGUCGUGAACAUGCUUCAAUCCCUUGUCUCUCGCAACGCACACAUGGGCCUCGACGAGGCCAACCGCGUCGUCUACUCCAAAACACACAAGGCCAACCAGGUCUCCAUCGUAUCGGGCGGUGGCAGUGGCCACGAGCCCGCGUGGUCAGGUUUCGUCGGAGAGGGCAUGCUUUCCGCUGCCGUGUGCGGUGACAUCUUCGCAUCCCCUAGCACCAAACAGGUCAUGGCUGGUAUAAGAAACGCACCCUCAACUGAGGGUGUGAUUCUUUGCAUCACUAAUUACACGGGAGAUAUGCUCCAUUUCGGCCUGGCACGUGAGAAGGGCCAGGCACUUGGUUACAAGGUGGAUGUUGUGUGCAUGGCUGAGGAUGCUGCUCUUGGACGGGAGAAGAGUGGAAAGGUGGGACGGAGAGGUCUUGCGGGUAACUUGCUAGUCAUCAAGCUUACUGGUGCUGCUUCACAAAAGGGCUGGUCUUUCGAGAGAUGUCGACAGAUUGGAGAGCUCGGAAACUCACAACUCGUCACAAUCGGAUCUUCAUUGGAUCAUUGCCACGUCCCUGGACGUGAGGCUUUCGAGCAUGUCCCUGAUAACUCUUAUGUAUUGGGAAUGGGUAUUCACAACGAGCCUGGACUCAAAACAAUCACCCCUAUGCCCCCACCUGAGACCAUCAUCAGCGAGAUGCUCCGAUUCCUCUUGGACCCCAAAGACACCGACCGUGCUUUCGUCGAGUUCAAGCCCGAGGACAACGUCGUCAUGCUCGUCAACAACUUCGGUGGUCUUUCCGGCCUCGAGCUCGAGGCUCUCGUCAACAUUGCCCUGAAGCAAUUGGAGAAGGACUGGAAGAUCAAGCCCGCCCGCAUCUACGCCGGCAUCCUCGAGACCUCCCUCAACGGCCAGGGCUUCUCCAUCACCCUGGGCAACAUGUCCGGCAUGGCCAAGGCCAUGAAGGUCACUGACGCCGAAGUCUUCGAGCUCCUCGAUGCCCCCACCACCGCACCAGCCUGGCCCAAGAACGGCUACGCACCCGUCGAGAUCUCCAAGGAGACCGAAGAACUCCGCCAAAAGGCCAACGCCGCCGCAGCCUCCCACGCCGACGCCAGCAAGGGACCCGCAACCCCCUCCUCCCUCAUCCCCGCCCUCCGCAAAGCCUGCAACGAUGGCUUCGCUGCCGAGCCCACCAUCACACAAUACGACCUCCAGAUGGGCGAUGGCGACUGCGGCGAAGCCGUAGCGGGCGUGUGCAAGUCGAUCCUGAACAACCUCGACAGCCUCCCCAGCACGCUCCCGCCCCUCAUCCCCUUCCUCGAGUCCGUCGGCGAGAACGUCGAAGACGUCGGCGGCUCGCUCGGCGCCAUCCUCUCCAUCCUCGUCACCGCCUUCACCAACGCCCUCACCGAAAACACCGUCAAAUCCUCCAAACCCCUCGAUGUCUCCACCGUCGCCGACUCCGCCGCAAAGGCCCUCGACAACCUCAAGAACUACACCUCCGCCCGCGAGGGCGACAGGACCGUCAUGGACGUCCUGAUCCCCUUCAUCGACACCUUCGCCCAGACCAAGGACCUCGCGAAGGCCGUCGACGUCGCGGAGAAGAAGGCCGACGACACGAAGAACAUGAAGGCGAAGUUCGGCCGCGCUACGUAUGUUGGUGAUGAGAAUGCCGAGAGGAGUCAGAUUCCUGAUCCCGGUGCGUAUGCUGCUGGUGUGUGGUUGAGGGGUCUUUUGGAGGGAUAUAAGGCGUAAAGGUGAGGUGCUGAUGGGCACGAUGACGAUGAUGCAUGCAUACUUCUUUCUGAAGAGAUGAAGGAAUGAAAAAGAAUUGGAUAUGGUGUUAAGUGAAUGAUGUAUGGAUGUUCAUAUAUUGCUAGGUUUUGACAGCAUAUCUCUGAGGGUUGUGUAAGCGCAUUGGUUUUCAAUUAUAUCUUUUCAUAAUAUAUCAU